AUGGCGCGUUUGGACAGUUAUGCACUCGGUCUUCUUUUUGCUGCUUCAGCGUUGCUGUUCGCCACCGCUCAUGCAAGCGAUGAGCUCCUGACACCAAUGUGUAGUGAGGUCAUCGGCUUCGCUGGGGAAUACAAUGACCGCAUUCUUGUUGGGGUGCCAGUGUCUCCGGCGGCGAAGGAGGCCAUUGUUCUCAUUGUACGGGCCUUCCCGUUGAACUUGGGUGAGCUCUCGCAGCGGUGGAUACAGCUGAACGCCACAUACCGCCUGCGUGAGGGGGCCGUGGUCUCUCUGCAGUCCAACAACGAUGGCAUCGUCGUGAUUCCAAACGUGGAGGCUGGCACAAACAUUGAGGUCAGAGUCAAGCGUGUGCGGAGGGACGGCCCAGUUCCGUUCCGUUUCUGGAGCUUCCACGCCAAUCGUCCGUCGUGCCAGAUUGACGUGUCACCGACCAAUUCGUUUUUGGCCCCGAUUCCGCUUCGUCUUUCGGAGGUGGCUGCUCCCGUGGGGGUGUACUUCAAGUCUGUCGCGCCGCCGGGGUCCAAGGGAUUUAUAGUGGAGGCCACCUUUGGCUUUUUCAUGUUGUCUGCGGCGAAGUAUGUCGUAAUGACGUCGCCGACAAAUACUUACGGGGUAACGCGCAGUAGUGGCGAGGUGGUCCCGUGGAGCGAGGGCGUCGUCUACCUGAUGCUUACCCCGCCAACCACCACGGAAACCUCGCAGAUGCUGCAGGUGAGGAUCGUGUGGGUCGAUGACCUCAUUGCUGCUGGCGGUAAAAGCGGGGGUGUGGCCUCCACACAGCCGCCGGGUAAAAAGGCGGGGGAGGGCGCGACGCCUUUGCCUUCGCCGGAGACGCCGUCAACGGGUGCGGGCAAAGAUAACUCUCCAAGUCGAUCCGACGCCGGCAAUAAGAAAGGAUGGUCUGUGUCAACUUUGAUUUUCGUGCUGCUCUUCUCUUUAGCGGUGUACAUGUUCGUCAUGUCAGUCGUCAACUACAGGCUGAAGGGUGCCACAGAAUUCCCAGAGAUGAUUCCUUUUGUGGGGGUUUUUCGGUCCUGUGGGGAGUACGUGUCGCUAGCGAAGGAUGCAGUCCUCCAGAGUGGAGGGGGCCAGCGUGGUGGGUACUCUGACUUGGCACGCGAGGGGGUGAGCACGGACCACAUAUAA